AUGGCGAACAUACAGACGACUAUCUGCCCUCAUACACAAGAGCCGUUACUUACCCUUCAAUACCCCACCGCCUCCGAUCUAGAUAUCGCAAUCCAGAAGUCCUCCGUCGCGCACACUAGAUGGGCGAAAGUUCCUUUGGAGGAGAGAAUUGCUAUCGGUAGAAAAUUCGCGGGUGCAUUUCGCGAAAUGGGCAAAGAUGAUACAAUUCCCAAGUCAUUGUCGUUGGAGAUGGGCCGGCCGAUAUCCCAAGGCCCAGGAGAGGUACGAGGCUUCCUGGAGCGAGCGGAAUAUCUUCUCUCAAUUGCUUCGACAUCUCUCUCCGAUGUUGCGUUGACGGACACCGACAAGCCGGGAUUCAAGCGGUUUAUUAAACGAGUGCCACACGGUGUCGUUUUCAUUAUUGCGCCGUGGAACUUCCCUUAUCUUGUCUCGAUAAAUUCCGUCCUCCCCGCCAUCCUUGCAGGGAACUCAGUACUUCUCAAGCCUUCACCCCAAACACCCACGACGGCCGAGAUAAUCGCUACCUGCUUCAGGACUGCUGGACUUCCAGAAGAUGUUAUCCAAGUUUUGCAUCUCCCACUCGAGCUUACUACCCGUGUCAUCCAGCACCCUCUGGUUAACUUUGUUUCCUUCACGGGGAGCGUUGUGGGUGGUCAGGGUGUGGAAAAAGCUGCCGUAGAAUCCAAAGCAGUUGGCUUCAAAGGCGUCGCCCUGGAGCUUGGCGGCAAGGAUCCGGCGUACGUUAGGGCCGAUGCAGACUUGCAAUAUACUGUUGCUGAGCUCGUGGAUGGCGCAUUCUUUAACUCUGGUCAGAGCUGCUGCGCCGUCGAGCGAAUCUACGUCCACGAAUCUAUCUAUGAGAACUUCGUAUCACAAUUCGUCGAUGUUGUCAAGCAAUACAAACUUGGAUCUCCCCUUGAGAAGGGUACUAAUCUUGGACCUGUAGUUAGUCUCGCUAGCGCGGAGCGUAUUCGAAAGCAGAUAGCAGAUGCUGUCGCCGCUGGCGCGAAAGCCCUCGUCCCGGAAGAUUUGUUCCCGGUCGCUAAAGUUGGGACCACAUACGUGGCUCCUCAAGUCUUGGUUGACGUCAAUCAUGAGAUGGACAUUAUGAUGGAGGAGACGUUCGGACCUGUUGUGGGCAUACAGAGGGUAUCAUCCGAUGACGAAGCUAUUCGGUUAAUGAAUGACUCUCCUUACGGUCUAACGGCUUCGAUAUGGACAAACGCCUCUGCCAAUCCCGACUCUGAGGAAGCCUUUUUGAAGAUCGCAGAUGCAAUCGAAACGGGGACGGUGUUUUUGAACCGAUGUGACUAUCUUGAUCCUGCCCUCGCAUGGACGGGUGUAAAGAAUAGCGGAAGGGGUGUUAGCCUAAGUAAAUUCGGAUUCGACCAGCUUACGAGACCGAAAUCAAUUCAUAUGAAAAUCAAGACAACAUGA